UCUUCUUCCAUUCUAUUGAAUUGAAUCGAAUCUCACUAAUCUCAUCUCUGACGCGCUUACUUCCGUCACCGUGCGCCUGAUUGGGUCCCACACCAAAGCCCCUACUUCUACUCCUACUGUCUGCUUGCUGGGGACGGCACGGCGCCAUUACAUAUAUAGCGCCUUAGCAAUAUAUGUACUUGCUCAAAUCCAAACAUUUUUUUUAAUAGUAUAUUUUUCCUCCCAUAUCGAAGAUAUCUUCCCCAAGACGCCGCCAAAACCCCCGGCUCAGGGUCUUAGUACUGCUACCGGACCAGCACCAGCAGCAAAAUUUUGCAAUUACCACAAGGAUAUAUACAUAGAUAGCUUGCUUCAUUCCGCAUUCAUCAACAUCAAUCUCUCUCUGUGCUGUCCUUGACAGCAAAUGGGAAGCUGUUUCUCCAGCAGCAGCAGCAGCGGCGUCGCUGCAGCAGCAUCACUUGCACGCCACCACAAAUCCAAUUCUACGCCUCCUGCUUACGUUGUCUCAGUCAAUGGGGACCUGCGCCACUACUCUACUCCCAUAACUGCGUCUCAAGUUCUAGACUCAGAAACCUCCUCCUCCUCCUCCUCCUCCUCCUCUACUAGUAGCAUUACCAGUCCUACCUCCUCCUCCUCUGCAACACUAUUCUUCCUCUGCAAUUCCGACUCCCUGUACUUUGACCAGUUUAUUCCUGCCCUCCGUCCUAAAGACCAACUCGACCCUUCUCAGAUCUACUUCCUCCUCCCCCUCUCCAAGCUCCGCUACAAGUUAUCUGCCUCCGACAUGGCUGCUCUCGCCGUCAAGGCUACCCUCGCCCUUCAGACUGCCACUACUAGUAUCCUCCUUAAACCUACUAAUAAUCCUCCUCCUCCUCCAAUUACAAGAAGCACCCGCAACCACAAGCACAAGCGCAACCCAUCUCGAAUUUCUCCUCUGCUUCUGGUACGACACCAACACGAAGAUGAUCAUGCUCAGCCUCCCCCGCCACUACUCCAGCACAUUAAUAAUCAUACUCGUAACAAACACCAAACACUCUUGUCCUCCACACCCCGCCCUACGGUACUCCAAAGAUUGUCUUCCCGGCGGGCUAAGAUGGCUGUACGUUCCUUUAGGAUCAGGCUAACCACCAUCUCCGAAGGAUCUGUUCUCCUUUUCAACCCUUAAAUUAAUAUCAUCAUUAUUAUAUUUGUUCAUUUUUUUAAUCAAUUGGGUCCCUUCAUUAGGAGACCAAUUGAUUAAUGUCCCAUCCUGUGCAUGCAUCCAGGCCCUGCCAGCCGGACCGCUCCGCCACAAUAUUUGAACCCAUUUGUAGUGCUAUUCAUUUUUUAGAGUUGCAGCAGAAAAAAAUGUAUGCAAGUAAAGAAGCGAGUGAAAAAUGUAUUUGCUAAAAAAUUUCUUUAGCAAUCAAUAAUGCAAACAACGUGAAUUUUCUUCAGUGUAACAUGUAGCAGAUCUUACGGCAAAGUGAUACAUUACUCUGACUAGAUUGAUGCAAUGUGCGUCGAUUGGCCACAUCAAUUCGGAUGCACAUUGCGGUUGCCGAAGGAGCCCAUUACGGGUGUUGUGAAUUGAAGGUCAAUUUAAUAGACUUGUAUAAGAAGAACCAGGUUGCGCUUCGGAGAAUAAUAAGCAAGAUGCGCCAGUUCCAAAAAAAAAAGGGCGCAAGAUAUGCAGGGAAUAUUGUGAAGAAGGGUUGUACGUCAAAGAAGAGGGGGCCUGAAAAUAAAUACAUUAUCGACAACUACUAGAUUCAUCGGUUUGAAUAAUGUAUUUGCCUUCAUUAUUUUGAAAUAUUAUCAAUCUCAUUUGGAUUGCUAAUUUUAGAAGUUUUCGUAGAAAAAUAUAUUGUAAUGAUUUGAUGUAUGUGAUCAUGAA